GCGUUGAGUGUUUGUUUUCAUUGUUGUGUUUUUGCUCGGUGCUGUUGCCUCCCGCCGCCUCUCUUACACAACAUGCUGAAAUGCUCCUGUGUGUGUGUGAUGUUCCGCCUUUACUGUGCUCUCUUUCUCCACAGGAUGGAUGUGGAUGAGGAUUCUCACUUGCUUUUCACUCAUUUAAGCUCAGGGUUGUGUGUGUUGUGUGUGUUGUGUGUAGUUCAUGUUACACGCUAGGCCGUUAAUUACCAUUAGCUAAUGCAAACACAACAACAUCAACAGCGGCGCGUGACUCGUUUUAUUUUAGCUUUAGAUUAUAACAGGAAUAAUUGAGACUUCAUGGAAAUAUUUAUAUUUGUACAUUGAACCUCGAAGCCUCCUUACAGCCGCCGCUGGUGUGUGGAAAUGUCUUACAUGUGGCUCAGAUGAGAAAUGUGUGUGUGUGUGAGAGAGAGAGAGAGAGAGAGAGAGAGAGAGAUUGGUGCUACUUGAUCUUCUUCCCUCUUCAGUUUGGGCUUCACUCCAAAUCUCUCCCUGCACCCUUUGGACUGAAGUGAACACCGUGUGACGUCAUGACGUUUUACGCACUACCUAGUGUACUGUAUGAUUAAUAGACAGCGGUUUGGGACAAACACACACACACACACACACACACACACACGCAGAGCCACACAGCAAGUAAUCUACUGUCAUCUACUGUCAAAACCUUCAGCUGUGUGGAGGACUGUACCAUGUUGGAGAGAGAGGGGGGUGUGAGUGAGUGAUGGGCUGCGCUUCGGCCAAGCAGUUGUCGUCCGUUCCAGGAGAUGAGGAGGAUCGGGACAAAGCCCACAGCAAUGGAGACGCCUUCUCUUCAGACGAGUACAAAAUGAAAGGAGUGGAGAAGGUGAAGUACAUGCACGGAGAGGAGGAGCGGAUGAACACGCGCAACCAGGAGCACCUGGAGAAGAGCACAUUUUUGCACAAGGGCAAACAUAAAGAGGCCAGCGGCAACACUAAUAAAAUAAGCAUCCACUCAUCAGAGAGCCAGCAGGAGUUCUUCAGGAUGUUGGACGAGAAGAUCGAAAAGGGACGUGACUACUGUUCGGAGGAGGAGGACGUGACAUAACCUGACACUGUUUUACCUCUACUCCUCCUCGAGAUGAUCACUCCUUCCCUCGUCUCCUUUUCCCCUCCUCUGAGCGCUGAGCGAGUUUACCCCCACCACCAUCGAGCCCUCCUGUUUACAUUCAGCGAUCAGCGCUCCGCUCCGACCGCGGAAAGACGUCUGGAGGGGAGGAGAAAAGGGGACGUGGGACAGACGUCUGGCAUCUUCGUUGAUACAGUGCCCUUGCCUUACACUAAGCCUUUCUCUUGUGUUUCUCAACAUUUUUGAGAAAGAGCCAUGAACAUAACACUGUCCUGGACUUUUUUUUUUGUUUAAAAAAAGGAUGUGUCACGUCCUCUCGGUGGCUUUACAUCUCUUGCACGUGCAGAAUGAAACAUUUGUUGGACAUUUUGCUUCUUCUUUUUGUUCUUCUUCCUUGGAGACGAGACGUCCCGUGAAGUUGCAGAUCAUCAUGUCGAAAGAAACAAAACAAAGGACAAAUUUAAUUCCAUCCCACACAUUCCAGGCAUUUUAUAUAUAUAUAUACGUAUGUGUGUGUUGGAAAAGUAUUUUUCUCACCAUUAAGUCUGUAAGUGUUAUGUUUUUUGUUUUUCUAUUUUUUUUUUUUAAAACUCUUCAGACAUUUUUAGAGUGUAACCUCACUCAGGACUGUGAGUGUCAGAGGAGGAUGUUUCAUUGUUCAUUGCGUUUCAAACAUCGUACAGCAAUCGCACACUUUCGACAUUGCAAUAUUUUAAACACAACAUGGUUGAAGGCUGCUUUCACACCAGCUGUUUUUUCCCCCUGUAAAAUUCACUAACUGGAGCACCUUUUGUGCCAAUGUGGGGGGAACAAAAUUGUAACCAUAGCAACACACUUCCCAGUCCCAGCUAGUAUCGGCUAACUAGCCUAGCUUGCGCUCUAGAUUAUCACGUUGCAUUGCAACAUUUGAAAAUUUUCCAUUCAACAUGUCGUAAAUCUCCACCGCCAUGUUUUGUUUUUCUCGCUAUCCCCCUAACUUGCGACCUGAUUGGUCGGGAGGUUAAAAAAGAAAAAUGUGUAAUACAUAUACUGGAAUAAACACUAAGUGUGAAAGCAGCCUAACAGACUCGAGUUGCUUGACGGCAGUUUCGUGUUUGUAGCUCGCCACGAUCAGCAGGCAUGUGCUGAUAAAUCAUAAUCACGUCUACAACAGUAUAAAAAUGGCAUAAAAUAAAACAAAGGAUGAUACGGUUUUCUGUGCAUCAUAGCAGAAAAGCGCUCAGUUCCAACCCUGUCCCAAAACCCCCCAACAAAUAAUAAUAAAACUUUUUAUAAUAAAUGAAUAAACCCGUCUUUUCUCUCAGUGAAUUGUAGCUAGCUUUACACACAAUCUGCACAAACAAGCAUAAUAUUUCCUAACGUUACUAAGCUAGCUAAUGUUGUUAUAGUAUUUUCCUAAAUGUUAGCUAGCUAGCAUUAUUGUGGAAUGCUAACUUUUGCUACUUUAAUUUAAACUGGGUAGCUUCCCUGCCUUUGUUUGAGGGUAUUUGCUAACAUUGGCUAGAAUUUUCUCUCGUUAGCUACCCGACUUUGGCAACAUCCUGUAGGAUUAGCUAAACAGCUUUGUUGUGGGAUUAUUAAAUGUAAGCUAGUUGUUUGUUUGGGAAUAUUCUCUAGUACUAGCUUUUGCUAGAUUUUUGUUUUUUAAGACAUGUUCUCAAACCACCUUUGGGUGGCUAGCUUUAUUUGACUAUUAUCAAACAUUAGCUAGACAAAAGCUUAGUUAGUGUUUCACAUAGCUAAAGAACAAAAUAAUUAAUAUACAGAAACCAAAUGUCCAAGUUUUUUUUCUGGCCAUGGAUGAUAAAGUCAGACGUGGACACCAUAAAAUGACAAAACGAGCUAUUCACAAACUAGCUAGUUUUGUUUAGUCAUAUGUUCUAAUGCUAGCUAGCUUACUAGAUUUUUUGAGUCAUGUUUUCGCAUUUUCUUUAGUGAUAUCCUUUAAAAUGGGCUAAAUACCUUUGCUGUGGGAUAUUAUUAUUAAAUGUAAUAUAGCUUUGUGUAUAUUUUUUAAUGUUAGCUAAGCUAGCUUUGUUUGUCCAUACUCUCUAAUGUUAGCUAAGCUAGCUUUGUUUGGCCAUAUUCUCUAAUAUCAGCUAGACAUGAGUUUAUUAAAGGUUUCACAUAUUUUAAAGAUAAAAUAAUUGACACACACAAACCAAAAGUCAAGAAAUGACAGAAUCUUACGCUAACAUUACAUCACAUCGGUCAGAGUUAAAGGCAGCUGCGUAGUUCUAGUGAUGAUUGAUAAAAGUAUAGUAGUGGUCUUAAUGGUAAUAUGAAACCGUUAGGCAGUUAUCGCGUGGUGUAACUUUAAUAUCGGCACAUGCCUCUGAGUGCGAGAACGAGUGAGAACAUGGCUAGCUUCCUCACUGUGUCUCCUUCUGGAUGAAAUACAUCUUACAGAGCUUUAAAAGUAUUUCUACUAAAGACAGUAAACACUAAAGACGGUAAACACUCGUGUUUCUCUCAGUUUUACAGGAAGCUCGCUCGAGCCUGACUGAUUACACAGAACCAACACACACACACCCCGUGUACAGCUGAUUGAUUACAGAAGUCCUAAAUUUCAGAGAAACUAAAGCUACAUCACACGUUUUGAUUUACACGCUGAACGUUUCGUUACUUACCCGUGUGAGACCCCAGCGCUAAUUUCAGCCCUGUGUGUUAGGAAACAGAAACAUCAAUCAGACUCGAGCAAGAAAAACAUAACAACUGCACAAAUAUGUCUGCAUUUCCUUUUUGUUUUUUAUCCUUAAAUAACUCAUACCAUAUGUACGAAGUGCCCAAACUUUGUGCCAAAAAUUAUUCCACAAUGAAGAAAUCAUGAGUAACGA